ACAAGGAAGCGGCGGACAAAAACAACAGGCAGCCAUGCUGAAUGCCUUCUGUUAACACCAGAAGACAGUUUGUGUUCCAAGGAAAAUCGUCUUCUAAUGGACGGGUGUGUUUUCUUGGCUUUAGAUGGACAAGACGCGAGCCAGCAUCGUACAUGCCUCGAAAGACGCAGCCUGAGAAAUGACAACUGAGAACAGUGGAGAAGAGAAAAUUCAGCCCGUGUCCAUGUCACCUGAAAUAAUGUCGACAGAGAAAAGCAGAGAAGACCAGAACCAGCAUGGCGUUGUCUGUACGGAUACCAGCACAGCAGCCAAAAACUUGGCUUUGCUUAAAGCACACUCGCUGGAUGUGAAGUUUGAUGUUGGUGAGGAAUAUGAUGUCAUAGAGACAAUUGGCACAGGAGCGUAUGGUGUCGUUUCAUCUGCGAGGAGACGAGACAAUGGCCAGCAGGUGGCAAUAAAGAAGAUCUCAAAUGCAUUUGAAGUUCUGACGAAUGCCAAACGGACCCUGCGAGAGCUCAAGAUUCUGAAACACUUCAAACAUGACAACAUCAUUGCUAUCAAAGACAUCUUGCAGCCCAACCUCCCUCAUGCUGCCUUUAAGUCUGUGUACGUGGUGCUGGAUCUGAUGGAGAGUGACUUGCACCAGAUAAUACACUCUGCUCAGACGCUCACACCUGAGCACACACGCUACUUCCUAUACCAGCUCCUCCGCGGCCUUAAGUACGUGCACUCUGCCAAUGUCAUCCACCGUGACCUCAAACCCUCCAACCUGCUGGUGAAUGAGAACUGUGAGCUAAAAAUAGGGGACUUUGGAAUGGCGCGGGGUUUAAGUUCCCAUCCCGAAGAGUCACAUUCUUUUAUGACGGAAUAUGUCGCAACCCGAUGGUACCGUGCCCCUGAACUUCUGCUCUCAUUAAAUCACUAUAGCUUGGCCAUUGACUUGUGGUCCGUGGGCUGCAUUUUUGCAGAAAUGCUCGGACGCAAGCAGCUUUUUCCUGGCAAACACUAUGUUCACCAGCUGCAGCUGAUUCUGACGGUGCUAGGAACCCCUCCCGACAGCCUGAUCGGUUCUAUUAGGGCAGACAGAGUGCGCUCGUAUGUCCAGAGUCUACCCUCCAGGUCCUCCCUUCCUCUAGCCAGACUGUAUCCACAAGCCGAGCCAGAGGCUCUGGACCUGCUGGGGGCGAUGUUGCGCUUCGACCCCCGUGAAAGGAUCAGCGUGACUCAGGCUCUGGAGCAUCCUUACCUGGCCAAGUAUCACGACGCGGACGAUGAGCCCAUUUGUGUUCCAGCUUUCGACUUUGAAUUUGACAAAGUGCAGAUGAACAGAGAACAAAUCAAGGAGGCGAUUCUGAUGGAGAUUCAGGACUUCCAUCGGAGCAAGCAGAGCGGCAGGCAGAGGCUGCAGUUUAAGCCCCUGAUGAGAGCAAACGGAAGAACUGGAGCGGCCCCGACUCAAAGCAGCAGCGGCAGCAGCACGGUUCAGGCCUCCCAGGCAACACAGCACUCACAAGCUGCACAAAUCCGGCAGAAGCAGGUGAGAGAGGAGGAAUCACAACAAGACAGAAACCUCAAUGCUGCAUCCGAAGAAGGUCACUCAUUUCCAAAUCAGAUAAAACCCUUCCACAAAGAAAUUGUGCUCCCCCAAGUGACCCACAGCUUCCCAUGUUUCACAAAAGGCAAAAGCGACCCAGUGGAUGUAGACAUGGCUAGUGCCAACUCAGACAGCGGUCAGCCGGAGACCAUCGAUCUGACCACACCGGUGUCCAGCCAGGAGCCCAUACCUGCGACAGUGCCAGACAGUGAGACGCAGCAUGCCAGCAAUCCCACUCCCAUGACUCAGCCCGCCCCGUGCCAGUCCAUGAACCAGGGGGGGCCCAGCUCGAGCCCCGCACGGCUGGCGCGACCUGUGAUACCCUUGCCCACCACUGUUCCCUCCCUGACCCUCUCGACAGCACAAGCCCAGUCGCUCUCGCACUCGCUCUCACAGUCGCUGCCAAAGAGUGUGAGGUCCGCCGCAGCUCCGGGAGAGAACACCAGAAAAGAAGGCGCAAUAUCUGAGGACACCAAAGCUGCUCUCAAGGCUUUGUUCCGAAAUAAAGCCAGAGGUGAUGGAGGUUCGACUGCAUUGAGCACUGACACUGGCACAGGAGGAGGCGUCUCUUCCUCGCACUCGUCUCUAUCUGAGCUACGUCGGCCUGUCACGGCCCAGGAGCGUCAACGCGAGCGAGAGGAGAAGAGAAGAAAGAGGCAAGAGCGAGCAAGAGAGCGGGAAAAGAAAUUGAGGGAAAAGGAGAAGAAGGAGGGAAAGAAAGGAGACUCGCUGGGUGGGGUCUUGCUCAGCGACGACGACAAAAGCCUUCUGCAGCGUUGGACAAAGAUGAGGUACAGCUGUAAUGAGAGAACUACAGCUAGCGACAGAGCCAAGACGAAAGAGUGUAACGUGAGCUGCAAACAUGGAGUCCUGGAAGAAGGGAACAAUAAUAUGGACAAAGACAGAAGGAAGUUUCAGUCUCACGAACAUUUAAUCUCUCAGAUGAAACCAAACCCGCAGCCUUUUCCUCAGCCUCCCGGCAGCCAGCAGCUGUUUUCCCUGAGCCAGAUGAAACCAGCAGAGGCCGCUGCAGCUGGAGCAGGAGCAAGAGAGAUGGUGACGACCCAGGAUGGUUUUGUGAAAAAUAAUAUGCUCAACCAAAGUGGGGUCAGCUGGAGUGGGCAACCACCAGAGUCACAGUCAACACAGCAACCGUGCAGAACCUCUCAGGCAACACCAGCAGCCUUUUCGCAGACUCAACUGCAGCCCUUAGCACAUCCUCAACAGCCCCUGCUGCUCCCCCUAGAGACUUUUUUGAACAAAGACCAAACGCCGGCCACCACAGAGACUAAUGGCAACAUUGAGAUUGGAGGUCAAAGGAGCAUGAACUCUCUCCCAGCAGCAGCAAGCACAGGAUCCUUGGAGAAACUUUGCUCCUCUGUGGGAGACAAACCAAUGGCACAGCUUUGUGGGACGUCGGCUGUACCCUCGCAGCGCCACCCGAGCCUGGGGUUCACUGACACUGGGCAGCAGGAGCCCUCGGCCGCACCAGAUAUCCACACUGUGACACUGCAGCUCUCCAAGUCUCAGGUGGAGGAUGUGCUGCCCCCAGUAUUCUCAGUCACCCCUAAAGGGAGCGGAGCAGGUUAUGGUGUUGGCUUUGACCUCGAUGAUCUGCUCAGCCAGUCGCUCACGGACCUGCAACACUGCGACCGGGACAGUUUUGACUCGGCUCCACUCUCUGCCUCCCUGUUGUCCGACUGGAACGAGGUCCACCGAAUGACGCCGGCAGACCUGGAGUCUUUACAGCAGGAGCUGCAGCUGGGCUCUCCCAUGAUCCUCUCUGACACCAUGCAACCUGACGCAUGAUUUCACUGGACGCGUUGUGUACAUGAAAACUUUAAUUUAAAAAAACAGCAUUUGUAGUUAACUGUCAGAUGAGACCAUUAAAAUGUGUUUGUCUAGUG